AUACUACAUGGUAUUAAGUGAUUGGAUGCUGAUCAUGAAUAUUGAUUGGGGGAAGAUAUCAUACAAAUAGCUCAGCUUUAAGGGUUAUUAUCUACAGACACUUCUUGAAGUUCUGAGAUCAAGUAACUUCGGCUCAGAGUUAUUUUGUUGGGACAAAACCUCUAUUCUCACUGGGAAUCAGGGUCUCAUCCAGAAUGAUGAAACUCAGUGUCUUCCUUCUCAUGCUCCUCAUGGAGACGUGCUCUGCCUCCACUUAUCAAAACGUGGCGUUGCGCGGAAAAGCGACCCAGGCAGGCCGUUAUCAAUUUGGAUUUGCCAGCAACGCUAUUGAUGGAAACCGAGACAAUAAGUUCUUGUCUGGAUCGUGCAGCCACACUGAUACAGAAAGAGACCCCUGGUGGAGAGUGGACCUGCGGGAGCCCUACAUCGUCACCUCCAUCAUCAUCUCCAACAGAGGAGACAGCUAUCCAGAAAGGCUUCAGGGGGCACAGGUCCACAUCGGCAACUCUUUAGACAACGAUGGUUCAUCAAACCCAGUGGUUGGUACAAUUUCUACAAUAAUGGCAUUUUACACUAUGAAUUUCCCUGAUCGUGUGGAGGGACGCUAUGUGAGUGUGCAUAUACCGGGUGAAGGAAAGUUCCUUACCCUCUGUGAGGUGGAAGUCUACGGGUACCGUGCCCCAACUGAAGAGAACCUGGCCCUUCAAGGAAAAGCCACACAGUCAUCACUGUUUUGGUAUUACAUUGCAAAUUAUGCCAUUGAUGGGAGUCGGCACUCCAAGUUCAAUUAUAGUGUGAACCAGGUGUCCUGCAGUGUCACAGCCAAUGAAUUGGACCCCUGGUGGAGGCUGACUCUGCUCAAAACACACAAAGUGUUUUCUGUUAAGAUAACCAACCGAUUUGAAUACCCCGCACGAAUCAAUGGAGCCGAGAUCCGCAUUGGAGAUUCUCUUGGAAACAAUGGUGCUGACAAUCCCAGGUUUGCUGUAAUCACCAGCAUCCCGGCAGGUGAAACUGCUGAGUUCGAGGUUGCCGACGGGAUGGACGGCCACUAUGUUUACAUAGGUAUCCCUGGAAGAAAGGAGUACCUGACCCUCUGUGAGGUGGAGGUGUUUGGCUCUGCACUGGAUUCGCAAAUAUGCUAUAAUGUGUAGACAAAGCAUCCAAAAUAAAAUGUGGAUCUUAAAUGUCAUUGUUUGCAUGACGUCAAGAUUUACUGGUGGAGAUUG